AUGAGGUCGGGGGGGGGCGUUGGCAUGCUUAUGAGCCCCGCCUCACUGCUGGCAGACGACCCCAACUGCCCCGACGCUCCGGCCGCAGGCUGCGUUGACCUGUCCUUCCUGGAGGAGGCGCUGUUGGAGUCUCCAGAGGCCAGCGGAGGAGGAGGACGAAGAGGAGGAGAAGAAGAAGAGGAAGUGGUUGGGGUUGGGGCGGAGGAGGCGCAGACCCACGGCCACGCAGGAGCAGGAGGGCUACAGCUGGGCCCAAACGGCUGUGUUGAUGUCGUGGGCGUGGCUGGACCAGUGGAGCAAAUGGAAAUGGAGGAAGAUGUCGAUGGAGAUGGAGAUGGCGAUGACGACGACAUGGCCUGUGAUAUCCUGCAGCAGAGUCUUCAGGAGGCGGACAUCACGGAGCACACUCUAGCUCUGGAGGCGGGGCUGCCGCUGACCAUCUCAACAGCCGCAGCCGCUGUGGCCGCCUCUGCCAACUCGCUCUCGGCCUCGGCCAACUCUGCCCUGCCGAGGGACACCCAGGCAGUGGUGGAGCCGCCCCAGCCGUCCUUGCUGGCCGUGGGGCCCGGAUGCCCAUCGCUGAAGGCCACGGCCACCGCCACCGCCACCGGCACGGCCACCGCGCCCCAGUUCAUGGGCCUGCUGCCGGGCCAGGUGUUCCCAGCGCCAGCGGGGGCCUCCUCCUCCUCCGACACCAACAACUUCUCCCUCAGCCCCGUGCAGGGCUCCAGCAUGCUCGUCCAGAAGGGGGGGCGACCCGCCGCCGCCAUGCUGGGUCCCACGGUGAGAGCCACAGCAAGCACAGUGUCAGCAGCAGCAGUGUCAGCAGCGGUGUCAGCGGCGGGACCUGGGAUCCUGUUGCAACAGAGGGGCCAUCUGGCCAUCCAGCACAAGCUGCCGGUGAGCAUUCAGCCUCGCCUGGUGCACAUCAGCCCCAAACCCUCCUCCCACCCCAACAUGGCGACUGGACAUCACAAGCCCAUCGCCACCACCACCGCCGCCACCACCGCACCACCUGGACUAACGUUUCUCCCCGCCGGGACGUCACCCUCCUCCAACAUCCUGGUGGCGUCGCCUCCAGCAGCCGGACCAAAGCAAGCUGCUGCACCACCCCAAGCCCAUGCACCACAGCCACAGCCAAUACACCUUUCCCAGUCCCAGCACGCCCAGGCUAGCCUCCCCAAGUCCCUCAGUCUGCAGUUGCUCAACCAGGCCGGCUCCAUCAUCAUCCAGCAGCCGCACGGGCUCUUCCAGGGCCAGAACCACCACCACCAGUUCCUCCUGCCCAGUCACGGUCCAGCCAUGACUCCAGCCAUGACGAUCACCCAGUCGCCCGCGACUGUCACCACCACCACCCAGCAGCAGCAGCUGCUGCUCAGCCAGACUGGCUCCCACCACCACCGGCUCCCACCACAUCCCUCCCUGCUGCAGGGCCCUGGUGCUGGCGUGGUUGCACCCGUGUCAGUGUCGGCCUCAGCUGCGAUGUCCCCCCACCACCUGGUGGAUGGUUCCCAGAUCCUGACGGCGGUCCCCCAGAGGCACCUGAACUUCAGCCCCGUGUUCACCACUCCGGCUGGGCAGCUGGCUCUGCGGCAGGGCACCACCCUGCUCUCCGGGUCUCUCCAGCUCCAGUCGGCCUCCCCCGCUGUGUUCCAGGUGCCGGCGAGCCAGCUGUCCGGAGCUUACGCCCCACAGACUCAGCUCCAGGUCCAGCCGGGUGGUGUUGCUGGUGCUGGUCCUGCUGUCGUCGGUGGUGUCGGUAGCGCCGGUCCCACGGUGGUGCAUCACCACAAUCCGUCGCUAGGCAACCACAUCACGCUCAUCAACAGCUCGGGCGCCGUGCUGACGCCGGACAUGGCCUCCAUCUCCAUCGUGAAGGGGCCGGCGGCGGCGUCUGCGGUGAUGCAAGGUCUGCCGUUCGCCCCCGCCACCGCGCUUCCCCAGGUGCUUUCCCAGGCCUCUGUUCUGCUUCUGCCAGAGAGAGCUGUGCCAGAGGAGAGGGGCCCUACAGAGGAACCGUUGACACUGGCAGCAGCAGUCAGUUCUAUUAUUGAGAAGAGCGGUCAGCUUGUUCCCUCAGCAGCAGUCCCACUGCAGUCCUCGUCCCCCACAGCAGUAGAGCUAGUACAGCCCCCCAGCGGCAGCAGCAGCAGCACCAGUGGUAGUGGUGGUGGUACCCCUCCUGUGGUGACCCUGCUGCAGCCAGUAGCUGAACCACCCCCACCCCCACCCCAGGCCCCGGAGCUGGCCCCAGAGCUUGAGAUGCCCCCCGCACCACCACCACCACCACCACCCCUAAUGGCCAGCCUCCUGCCCCCGCUGGAGGUCCCACAUGAGAAGGAGGGCAGACAGAGCCCCAUCAAUCAGAUUUUGAUACACCUACAACAGGUGGACCUCCUCUCCCUGACCCCGGAGCCCACACUGACCCCACCCACCCUCCAAGCACACAACGCCUCUCCACCACCCGACAGCAGCAGCAGCAGCAGCCACAGCCACCACAUGCUGCCUUCUCCCCAGACGCAGAAUGUUCCAGUUACGGUUACGUCUCUGGAUCCUUCCAUUCCGGAAUUCUCCUUGUCCUCUCUGAGUGAGCAUUCCGCAGACUCUGUAGUGUGUGGUGGGGUUGCCGGGGCGAUGACUCCUCCAGGAGUUCCUCCAGUACUGGUGAGUGCGGUGUCGGUGUGUGGCGGCACCAGUCCAUCAGUGCUGUUGGCCAGGGGCCUGGAGGCUCCCGACAUGGCCGUCUUCCAGUCGUUUGAGCCGGAAGAGCCACUUACACCAGCAAUGCGCAGACACAGGAUUCAACUGCAGCUGUGUUCAGACCACCAAUCUAUUCUGAGCCCCCAGUCCCAGUGCCCGUUCUCUACAGUGGAGGAUGCUGUGAGGCAGCUGCUGCCAUACCAUGCAUGUGCAGGUCUACUGCCCAGUCAAAGAGACAUGUCCUCAGUGGAUGAGCAGUUUGAGGCAGCGUCCGUAUGUCUUUUGAACCGCACAAAAGACAUGCAGAACAAAUACAGGCAGCUGUUGCUGGCAGAAGCCCAGCAAGAGCGUCCAUCGGCGGAGAUGGUGAUGCUGGAGAGGUUGUUCCUGCAGUCGGAGAGGUUCUCGCUGGGGGAGGAGAGGCGCAGAGCACGCAAAGACCCAGAGUCCUUCCUGGUGUCCUUGAGAAAGGGGGGCUCUCCCCACAACGUGGCCCUCUCUGGGGCUCUGGGGGCCAGCCCGUCGUCCCCCCCUCCUGGAUGGGCCCUCCACUCCGAUCGCCCGCCCGGCCUGAAGACCUACCAGUCCAGCAGCAGAGGGACACUGCGUCUCACCAUCAAGCAGGAGUCCGGCCUACGGAAAGUGGUCCAUAAUUCGGCCUGCGAGCCCCCCACCACCAACACCAACAACCCCAACGCUGCCCCCACAGGGCAGAAGAGGCACUACAGCAGGCAGCUGGUGAACGGAGGAGACAGGGCCAGAGAGGAAGGCGGAGUAGGCGUUGGCGUUGGCGGAGGUGGUGGUGGUGGUGGUGGUUCUUCAGGGGGACGUUCACACGUCAGGACGAUCUUCUCUGGGGCCGUGCCUCCACUGGAGAGGUCGAAUGGACUCCAGGCCUCCUCUCUGUCGUCGACCCCGGACGCGCUGUCCUCCAAGGCUCCACACCCAAACAGCGCCUCGCUGGGGCACGCAGUAAGGGGGGAACAGCAGCAGCAGCAGCAGCAGCAGCAGCAGCAGUGGCUGGAGCAUCGUGAACAUCAUCCACAACAGGAGCAGCUACAGCAGUGGCUGGAGGAGCAUCGUGAACAUCAUCCACAGCAGGAGCAGGAGCAGCAGCAGGAGCCCCCUUACAAGAAGCACCUCCUCCUCCCUGUGUCUCCAUCACCCAAGCAUCCACACAGAACUGGAGCCAAACACAAACCACACCGACGGGAGUCUAUGGCAACAGUAACGCCAACGGCAACGACAAUAAUGUCAAUAGAGAACUCCAAUUCCAAUCCCAACUCCAUCCCUACUGCUCCACCACCACCACCACCACCACCUCCUCUGCCUCCUUCUCUCCACGUUGCAUCUUUGCAAGAGGAGAGCGCACCUCCUCCUCCUCUGCCUCCCUCUCUCCACCACAUCGCGUCUCUACAGCAGCAGGAGGAGAGCGCGCUGAGCGAGCAUCUGCAGAGUGCCAUCGACAGCAUCCUGGAGCUGCAGAGGCUGCAGGGGUCUGGCCUGGGGCCCGGGUCUGGCCUGGGGCCGGGGCAGGCGUCGCGACACCCACAGGGGCCCGGUCUGGAGCCACCCCUGGGCAGCAUGCUACAGGGAAGACUCUGA